AUGGAAGACGGUGCCCUAGCCCAGUUGAUAAAGAUGGUUGGUGGCUGUGAGCCCACUCCCUCGACCAGCCACUCCACCCCAGUCCAAUCUACUCCCUCGCCGGUCCAGCGACCUUCUACGACAAGGAAUUCCACUUCCAAUACUUUCGCCAACGCAAAUACCAGGCCCACUGUGAACACUUUCUUCCCCCAGACACCUCAACCCGACCUUCUGCAAAUUUUCUAUUUCCAGCAGUUAAUGCAGCAAAAGUUUUAUGCAGAUUUAAUGGCUAUGACGGCCAUGAGUAAUCGAAAUGUCAAAACUGUGGGCAACCCUUCAAUCCCGACUGUAAGUUGAUUCAAUUUUCGCUGUAUAAAUAUACGGAUUUAAAAUUUACAUAAUCAAUGAAUUUCAGAAUACAACGUCUGACCCCAGGGCUGAUCCCUUGAUGAGUUUAUAUGACAUGGUAAAUCCGGAACAGAAGUCGAAAAAAGAAGAGAAGGAAGCAGAGAAAGGUAAGUAAUCAUAAUCACUCCUAAUACUAAGUGUUUCGAGUAUUUUAGUGUCUUUAAUUUCUAACAAAAGUAAUUUCAGCGAACCAUCCCAACUUCUCAAUCGAAGGCCUGCUUUGUUCCCAGAAAUCGAACCAACAACAUUUAUCGGCCAUCAUUAAGAAAGGCGGUGUCAUCAAAAACAAACGAAAGCAUAUUGAAGUGAACCGGUAUUCCCAGUGA